UGCGCCUGAAUCUGUAGUUUAAACCAUAGGAGGAGCUCUGUCGCCCGAUAGAGGCCUGUCAGGGAGACUCCGAACUAACCCGAAGGGAGCCGAGCACGGCCGAGCAGCUCCCUUACUCCACCUGCUGCUGCUCCGCGCGCGCCUCUUGGCGCACGAGCCUGGCUCCGGAGUGGUUUGAAUGCCGAAAAGUCGCUUUUCUGUCCGCGAAUCGGUGGUGAAGAGAAAAGAAAGGAGUUUUCGACACCGAUGACGACAAGCGCUUCAGUCGAGACUUUCUGCCGAGGAAACGCAGACAUGCGGCCGCUUCUGUUCAAACUAAGUGAGUGAAAACUUGACCGUUACCCGCCGCCUCAGUCUCAACAACAUGAGUCUGUGGACAAACAACAACGGCUCCUUUCCGGACCUGUUCGCCGGAACGCAGACCCCCAUGCCGGAUUCCAACUCGUCCAACCGGACCAACGGCUCCUCCCAGCAGCGGGACCCCCGCGCCGCCGUCGCCCUGGACCUGAGCCGGGCAGUUCCGGUGGGCAUGGUGCUGGCCUCCUUCAUCGCGUUCGCCAUCGCGGGGAACAUCCUGGUCAUCCUGUCGGUGGUUUGUAACCGACACCUGCGGAGCCCCACCAACUACUUCAUCAUCAACCUGGCCAUCGCGGACCUGCUGCUGAGCACAACCGUGCUGCCGGUGUCCGCCACCCUGGAGGUUCUGGAUUACUGGGUUUUUGGUCGUAUCUUCUGUGACAUCUGGGCGGCGGUGGACGUGCUGUGCUGCACUGCGUCCAUCAUGUCUCUGUGCGUCAUUUCCAUCGACCGCUACAUUGGUGUUCGCUAUCCGCUGCAGUACCCCAUGAUUGUCACCAAGAGACGUGCACUACUGGCCAUGCUGGGCGUCUGGAUCCUGUCCUUCGUCAUCUCCAUUGGGCCGCUGCUGGGCUGGAAGGAGCCUCCGUCACAGGACGACACCGUGUGCCUCAUCACAGCGGAGCCCUUCUACGCCCUCUUCUCCUCCCUGGGCUCCUUCUACAUCCCUCUGGGCGUCAUCCUGGCCAUGUACUGCCGCGUCUACGUGGUGGCAAAGCGCACCACCAGGAACCUGGAGGCUGGCAUGAUGAAAGACCGUGCCGAGAACUCCAAUGAGCUCACGCUGAGGAUCCACUGCAGGAACCAGCAGAUCCAGGAGCUGUGCACGCAGGGAGGGGGCGGAGCUUCAUCUGGCCGCAGCGCUCUUACUGUCAAGCUGCUCAAGUUCUCACGUGAGAAGAAGGCAGCCAAGACGCUGGGCGUUGUGGUGGGCAUGUUCAUCCUCUGCUGGCUACCAUUCUUCCUAGUUCUGCCCAUCGGCUCAAUCAGCAGCAGCCUCCGGCCGCCUGAAACCCUCUUCAAAGUCAUUUUCUGGUUGGGUUAUUUCAACAGCUGCCUGAACCCCAUCAUCUACCCGUGCUACAGCCGCGAGUUCAAACAGGCCUUCAUCCGGAUCCUGCGCUGCCACUGGAAGAGCCGGCGGCGCCCAGGCUGGCAGGCCUACUGCAACUACCGCGGCCCACAAGGCUCCAACAACUCCUCCUUCCUGAACGGCAGCCAGCAGACCUUGUCCUCCGUCAGCGCCAGCCCCCGCUGCUCCACCUCCAAGCUCCACCCGCCGCCAUGGCCCUUCUCCCAGAGACAAGCCCUCCCAGGAAGAGGGGGGCACAGUCUGCAGUCGCAGCAAGCUCAUGAAGCUGGAACACGCAGAAUGAACAGUUUGAGCCUGAGCUCAUAAGAUCAGAGACAUCACAAGACAGCCUGGUCGGGUGGCCACGCCCCCAAACCCUGUGCCCUGACCGUCGGGUGAUUGACCUCAGUGACACUUCUGUGGAGCAGGUGGACCCCCCCAGGGCUGACAAUGAAGAACUGAAACCCCAAACAAAUGAAAGUGAAUCCCAACUCUGCUGGAAAAACGUCUUUGUUGUAUUUCACUGUAAUUCCAACGAAAACAGAAGUAUUUAUGUGUUUUUAUCUGUAAAACAGCUGUAAAAACUUUCUGAUAACAUAAUCUAAGCUUUGUUUGACUUAUGUGAUGGUGUUAUAAGUUAUGAUUGAAACCAAAAGCCAAACUGUCCCAUUUUCUUAUAAAACUAAGGUUUAUGACAGUAAAUGUGCACAGUAACUGUAUUCAGUAGUCGUAUCUGAGCUUGUAGAUCUUCAUCAUUUCUCUCAUGGUGUUCACUUCAAUUUUCAUCUGAAGCUUCUUCCAAACAUUUCACUGGAAAAACAAACUUCAGGCUUUUGGAAAAACUAGUUAUUGUUCCACCUUUUCCUUUGCUUUUCUAGAAGGUUUGGCUGUAAAAAACAGAUCUAACAUUAAGAAAUAUUUGAAUACACUUACUUGAUAAGAGCUUCAUGAAACGAUUUUUAAAACGUAACAUUGAAAAGGUCGAAAGUUGUACAAUUUGAUUAUUUCCUCGUCUUUUGUUUUGCUUUAUUAGACUUUAGAGUGUCAAUAAAAUUCAGUUUGAUAAUACUGUAAUAAAAGAAAAUCAAAGUAAAAUCCAGAGAAAAUAAAAGCAUGACACCUGAUGAGCAAAAGAGUCUGAAAGUUUCUCAUUAAACAGUCCAGACAUGUUUAAGAACAUUUAAACUCACAUGAGACAUUUCCACUCGGGUUUCUUUUGAAAACGGUCAAAGAUAUUCCAAAGCGUCUCUUUCAUCUCAAACUUUGCUUUUCACAAAGCAGCUCCUCCUAAGGACGGCUGACUGUCAGCCUGUUGAGUGAAAUGAACUGAGCAGCGUUUUCUGAAUCUAUGUCAUCCUGAAUAUUCUGAAUGCUUUUGGAACUGGUUUCUGGUCUAUGAUGUCUAUAAAUAUCCUUAAAUGGUUUCCAUUCAUGUCUUUAUUCAAACUUCCAUCUGUUAUUUUCGUGUUGGUCCAGGUCAUGUUAAGAUGUUGAACCUGUAGAUAAAAAGAGAUUUUUAGAAACUUUCA